CCAGACCUAGCAUGUCAGGACUGCAUCUGGUGAAAAGAGGACGAGAACAGAAGAAAUUGGACCUUCAUCGUGACUUCACCGUCGCGUCUCCGGCUGAGUUUGUAACUCGCUUUGGAGGGAAUCACGUCAUUGAAAAGGUUCUCAUCGCCAACAAUGGCAUCGCCGCCGUCAAGUGUAUGCGGUCCAUUCGAAGGUGGGCCUACGAGAUGUUUCGGAACGAGAGGGCCAUCCGCUUUGUGGUCAUGGUCACGCCGGAGGACCUCAAAGCCAACUGUGCCGUGCGCUUGGCUAAGACCGUGGGCUACGUGAGUGCAGGGACCGUAGAAUACCUCUACAGUGAAGACGGCUGCUUCCACUUCUUGGAGCUGAACCCCCGUUUGCAGGUGGAGCAUCCCUGCACCGAGAUGAUCGCUGAUGUCAACUUGCCGGCUGCUCAGUUACAGAUUGCCAUGGGGGUGCCUCUGAACAGGCUGAAGGACAUUCGGGUCCUGUAUGGAGAGUCACCCUGGGGGGUCACUCCCAUUUCUUUUGAAAACCCCGUCAAUCUUCCAGUCCCCAGAGGCCAUGUGAUUGCUGCCAGGAUCACCAGCGAGAACCCAGACGAGGGUUUUAAGCCAAGCUCCGGGACUGUCCAGGAACUGAAUUUCCGGAGUAGCAAGAAUGUGUGGGGCUACUUCAGUGUCGCGGCCGCAGGAGGCUUGCACGAGUUUGCAGAUUCCCAGUUUGGGCACUGCUUCUCCUGGGGAGAGAACCGAGAAGAGGCCGUCUCGAACAUGGUGGUGGCCCUGAAGGAACUGUCCAUCCGGGGAGAUUUCAGGACCACAGUGGAGUACCUCGUGAACCUGCUGGAGACAGAGAGCUUCCAGAGCAACGACAUCGACACGGGCUGGCUGGAUCACCUGAUCGCCGAGAGAGUCCAGGCCGAGAAACCCGACAUCAUGCUCGGGGUAGUCUGCGGAGCCUUGAACGUAGCAGACGCCCUGUUCAGGACCUGUAUGACCGACUUCUUGCAUUCCCUGGAAAGGGGCCAGGUUCUCCCAGCAGAUUCUCUCCUGAACAUCGUGGAUGUGGAGCUGAUCUACGGAGGGGUGAAGUACAUCCUCAAGGUUGCCCGCCAGUCUCUGACCAUGUUCGUUCUCAUCAUGAACAACUGCCACAUCGAGAUAGACGCCCACAGGCUCAACGACGGCGGCUUGCUGCUGUCCUAUGACGGCAACAGCUACACCACGUACAUGAAGGAAGAGAUAGACAGUUACCGGAUCACCAUCGGCAACAAGACGUGCGUGUUUGAGAAGGAGAACGAUCCCACCAUCCUGAGGUCUCCCUCUGCCGGGAAGCUGGUGCAGUACCUGGUGGAGGACGGAGGCCGCCUGACGGCAGGCAGCACCUACGCAGAGAUGGAGGUAAUGAAGAUGAUCAUGACCUUGAAUGUCCAGGAAGACGGCCGGGUCCACUACGUGAGGCGGCCGGGAGCCGUCCUCCAAGGGGGCUGUGUGAUAGCCAGGCUGGAGUUGGACGAUCCUUCUAAAGUCCAUGAGGCUGAGCCAUACACAGGGGACCUCCCUUGCCAGCAGACCUUGCCCAUCUUGGGAGAGAAGCUGCACCAGGUUUUCCACAACGUCCUGGAAAACUUGACCAAUGUCAUGAAUGGCUACUGUUUGCCAGAACCAAUUUUCAGUACCAAGCUUAAAGAGUGGGUGAAUAAGCUGAUGGUCACUCUGCGGUCCCCUUCCUUGCCCCUUCUGGAACUCCAGGAGAUCAUGACCAGCGUGUCUGGCCGGAUCCCCGCCUCUGUGGAGAAGGCAGUCCGCAAGGUGAUGGCCCAGUACGCGAGCAACAUCACCUCUGUGCUUUGCCAGUUUCCCAGCCAGCAGAUUGCCAACAUCCUGGACAGCCACGCCGCGACCCUUCAGAGGAAGGCAGACCGAGAAGUCUUCUUCAUGAACACUCAGAGCAUCGUCCAGCUAGUCCAAAGGUACCGCAGUGGGACCCGUGGCUACAUGAAGACGGUCGUGUUAGAUUUAUUAAGGAAGUACCUGCAGGUGGAGCAUCAUUUCCAACAAGCCCACUACGACAAGUGCGUGAUCAACCUCCGGGAGCAGUUCAAGCCGGACAUGUCCCCCGUGCUGAACUGCAUCUUCUCCCACGCCCAGGUGGCCAAGAAGAACCUGCUGGUCACCAUGCUGAUCGAUGAGCUGUGUGGCCCAGACCCAUCCCUGACCGAUGAGCUUCUCUCCAUCCUUGGCGAACUUACCCAGCUGAGCAAAAGCGAGCAUUGUAAAGUAGCCUUACGGGCCAGACAGGUACUGAUCGCCUCCCACCUCCCCUCUUAUGAACUCAGACACAACCAAGUAGAGUCCAUUUUCCUGUCUGCCAUUGACAUGUAUGGCCACCAGUUCUGCCCGGAAAACCUCAAGAAACUGAUCCUUUCAGAAACAACCAUAUUUGAUGUGCUGCCCAAUUUCUUUUACCAUGCCAACCAGGUGGUUUGCAUGGCAUCCCUGGAGGUGUACGUCCGCAGAGGCUACAUUGCCUACGAGCUGAACAGCCUCCAGCACCGGCAGCUUCCCGACGGCACCUGUGUGGUGGAAUUCCAGUUCAUGCUGCCCUCGUCUCAUCCGAACCGAAUGGCCCUUCCCGUCAGCGUCACCAACCCUGACUUACUGCGACACAGCACGGAGCUGUUCAUGGACAGCGGCUUCUCCCCUCUCUGCCAGAGGAUGGGGGCUAUGGUUGCCUUUCACAGAUUUGAGGAUUUUGUCAGAAACUUUGAUGAAGUCAUUUCCUGCUUCGCAAACCUGGCUAAGGAGAGCCCCCUCUUCAGCGAGGCUCGGUCCAUGAUGUACUCCGAGGAAGACUGCAAGUGCCUCAAGGAUGAGCCCAUCCACAUUCUGAACGUUGCCAUCCAGUGCGCUGAACACCUCGAGGAUGAGGAGUUGGUGCCUGUUUUCCGGACGUUUGUGCAGUCCAAGAAACACGUCCUUGUGGAAUACGGCCUCCGGAGAAUCACCUUCCUCAUCGCACAAGAGAGAGAAUUUCCCAAGUUUUUUACAUUCAGAGCCAGAGACGAGUUUGCUGAAGACCGAAUCUACCGCCAUUUGGAGCCCGCCCUGGCCUUCCAGCUGGAGCUGAACCGCAUGCGCAACUUCGAGCUGAAGGCCGUGCCCUGCGCCAACCACAAGAUGCACCUCUAUCUGGGCGCCGCCCGAGUGAAGGAGGGCACCGAAGUGACCGACCACCGCUUCUUCAUCCGGGCCAUCAUCAGGCACUCGGACCUCAUCACCAAGGAAGCCUCCUUCGAGUACCUGCAGAACGAGGGCGAACGGCUGCUCCUGGAAGCCAUGGACGAGUUGGAGGUGGCCUUCAACAACACCAGCGUCCGCACCGACUGCAACCACAUCUUCCUCAACUUCGUCCCCACCGUCAUCAUGGACCCUUCCAAGAUCGAGGAGUCGGUCCGAUCCAUGGUGAUGAGGUACGGGAGCCGGCUGUGGAAACUGCGAGUCCUGCAGGCCGAGGUCAAGAUUAACAUCCGCAUGACCCCGACCGGCACCGCCAUCCCCAUCCGCCUCUUCCUGACCAACGAGUCAGGCUACUACCUGGAUAUCAGCCUCUACAAGGAAGUGACGGAUCCCAGGAGUGGAAAUAUCAUGUUUCAUUCAUUUGGAAACAAACAAGGCGCCCAGCACGGCAUGCUGAUCAAUACUCCCUACGUGACCAAAGACCUUCUCCAGGCAAAAAGGUUCCAGGCCCAGUCUCUGGGCACCACCUACAUCUAUGACUUCCCAGAGAUGUUCAAACAGGCUCUCUACAAACUGUGGGGCUCAGAAAAGCACCCCAAGGAUGUCUUGACAUGUACAGAGCUCGUGCUGGACUCUCAGGGGCAGCUGGUAGAGAUGAACAGGCUCCCUGGGGGGAAUGAGAUUGGUAUGGUAGCUUUCAAGAUGAUGCUCAAAACUCGAGAGUAUCCCAAUGGCCGGAACAUCAUUGUCAUUGGCAAUGAUAUCACUUUCCGGAUUGGCUCCUUCGGGCAAGAGGAAGACCUCCUCUUCCUGCGUGUGUCCCAGCUGGCCCGAGCAGAGGGUAUCCCCAAGAUCUACCUCUCUGCCAACAGUGGGGCCCGCAUAGGCCUGGCUGAGGAGAUCCGGCACAUGUUCCAAGUGGCAUGGCUUGACCCUGCAGACCCCUGCAAGGGAUUCAAAUACCUCUACCUGACGCCCCAAGACUACACCAAGAUCAGUUCCCUGAAUUCUGUUCAUUGCACGCACAUAGAGGAAGAAGGAGAAUCGAGGUACGUCAUCACCGACAUCAUUGGCAAGGACGAUGGCCUCGGAGUGGAGAACCUGCGGGGCUCCGGCACCAUUGCUGGGGAGUCGUCUCUGGCAUACGAGGAGAUUAUCACCAUCAGCAUGGUGACCUGCCGAGCUAUUGGAAUCGGAGCCUACCUGGUAAGGUUAGGCCAGCGGGUGAUACAGGUCGAAAACUCCCAUAUCAUCCUGACGGGAGCAGGUGCCCUGAAUAAGGUCCUCGGCCGUGAAGUUUAUACCUCAAAUAACCAGUUGGGUGGCGUGCAGAUCAUGCAUUUUAAUGGCAUUUCCCACAUCACCGUUCCAGAUGACUUUGAGGGAGUUUACACCAUCUUGGAGUGGCUGUCGUACAUGCCCAAGGACAUUUAUAGCGCAGUGCCCAUCAUCACCCCCACCGACCCCAUCGACCGGGAAAUUGAAUUCCUUCCUUCCAAAGCCCCCUACGAUCCCCGAUGGAUGCUAGCAGGAAGGCCUCAUCCAACUGUGAAGGGUGCCUGGCAGAGUGGGUUCUUUGACCAGAACAGCUUUAAGGAGAUCAUGGAACCCUGGGCCCAAACUGUAGUGACCGGCCGAGCAAGGUUGGGGGGAAUUCCUGUUGGGGUGAUAGCGGUGGAGACCAGGACUGUUGAGAUGGUGGUCCCUGCUGAUCCUGCGAACCUGGAUUCUGAGGCCAAGAUAAUCCAGCAGGCAGGACAGGUGUGGUUCCCAGACUCGGCCUUUAAAACUGCGCAGGCCAUCAAGGAUUUCAGCCGGGAGAAGCUGCCCCUGAUGAUCUUUGCCAACUGGAGAGGCUUCUCUGGGGGCAUGAAGGACAUGUACGACCAGGUGCUGAAGUUCGGGGCCUACAUCGUGGACGGCCUCCGGCAGUACAAGCAGCCCGUCCUCAUCUACAUCCCCCCGUUCGCCGAGCUGCGCGGAGGCUCCUGGGUGGUCAUCGACCCCACCAUCAACCCCCAGUGCAUGGAGAUGUACGCGGACAAAGAGAGCAGGUGGGCGCCUCCCCCGGGGCCUGCCGGCCUCGCCCCUGCUGACCGGCCCCUGCUGACCAGCCCCACCGCUGAUGGCCCCCCCACUGACCAGCCCCACUGA